AUGAGCGGCAGCACUGGAGGGAUUGUGACAAUGACCGCAAACCAUCUUGAUGGGGCACCCGUACCUCCUCCUCCGAUCACCCAGAAGCUCUUCAUCGAACUCCAUCCCACCGUCAUUGAGAAAGACAACUCUAUCCAUCCCGAGCAUGGUGUUAUUCACUACCCAUUCUGGUUUGGAGGAUUGGCAAGCUGUGUUUCAAGUGUUUGCACACAGCCUCUAGGAUUGAGCGCAUCACUCACACGAACUUUCUUCUACUCGGGCGUCCGCUUCGGCAUGUACGAGAAGCUCAAGGAGCUGGGGAGCACUUCCACUCAUGCACCAUCUGGUCUCGCCCUCGCUAUGAUGGCUGCAUCCUCGGGCUUUACCGGCAGCGUGUGCAGCAACUUCGCCGAUGUGGUGUGCCUUCGCAUGCAGGCCGAUCCUGGGUUACCACCGGAGCUGCGUCGUAAUUACAAGAACAUUGCCGAUGGUCUACAAAAGAUGGUGCGUACAGAAGGAUGGAACAGCAUCUGGACUGGUGUUUGGCUUGGAGCAGGCAGGGCAGCGAUUGGUACUGCUACUCAACUGGCUGGAUACGACAUCAUCAAACGUGAAUUGAUGAAGAGAACCUUAAUGGGCGACAAUGUACCCACCCAUAUCACGGCCAGUUGCUUGGCAGGCUUUUUGUCCACCUUCAUCUGCAGUCCUCUGGACGUUUUCAAGGCCCGGUUUAUGACUCGAAAAUCUUCAGCUCACAGUAUGGCCGUCAUGCUUGAGCGUACCUUCAAGAAUGAAGGCUAUACUUGGAUGUUCAAAGGUCUCACACCUGCCUUGAUCAGCAGGGCACCUUCUACCAUCAUCACUUUUGUCACUCUUGAGCAGUUGAGAAGAGUCUAUCGCCACAUGCACGGUUUGCAGGAAUAG